UGUGUGUGUGUGUGUCAGUCAGAUUGCUAGUGGUGUGUGCUGCCCAUGUUCACCAGAGCAGAGGCUGCCUCAAUGUGGAAAACUUACAGACGUAAAGCUCAUUAAACUCCAUACUGGAAUAUAUCAUAAACAUGGAAUAAAAUCUCAUUUAUCCACGAGAGUCUGGUGAACUGGCCUUCAUCAGGACAGUAAUUUUCAAGGCACCCCUCCACACUGCCAAAAAGUCAAAUGGAUUGAAGGAGGCAGAGGGCUUUGAAGAGAGGAGAUGCCCAACAAACCGCUUAUUUUCCCCUGACUCUUGUGCAGAUUAUUACUUUUACUUUAUUGCAUUUAAAAUACUUUUUUUUUUUUUUUUUAUCUUUUGGUCUGACCCUUCUGAAGAAUAGGCCAGUGAAUCUGUGAAUCUGAACUUUGGGAGCAGAGUAUCAGAGCCUCUGGUCAAGCCUCAGAGAGAGAUAAAGCAACAAGUCUGGGGUGGUCUGGACUGAGUUUGUUGUGCCAGCCCAUCGAAAACACACAUCGGCAGGAGAUGGGGCAGAGGUUACUGAGUGGACUGGGAUUAAGGGAGUACACAGUCUGACUAAUUAGGCAUGAAAGUUAUUUCUUUACUUUAAACAAAUUUUAAUCAUUUGAUACAGAUGUUAUGCUCUGACUCAAAGGCUUUUUAAUUCUCCACUGCUUUGUUAGGAAUCAUGCCUAUGGGUGGAUGAGACAAGAGGUUUUUUAGGGACACUAGCAAAGAUUCCUUGUUAAUCCAGAGUUGAAUUAUACUUAGUAGACAGCAAACAGAGGAUUGUUGAAGUACUUCAGGCUAAAUAGAACAACAUAUCUGUAACUGAGCUGAGCUGAGCUGUUCUAUGUAUGAGGGCAUGAGACCUACUGCUGAGCAGGAAAAGAAAAUCUUACUGCUCUUAAAAGAGUAGUCUGUUAAAAUAAAACACCAACAUUCGGUGCAUGGGCAAGAACAAACCAAGGGCUGGUUGAGAGUUGACGUAAUGCUGUUGGAGCGCUGUAAUAACUCAUUAAUGGAGUCAAACUAACAUGUGUGGGAGGCCAGUCUCAGUGGAAAGCUCAUAAAAUAGACGGGCCUGUAAAUGUGUGCUACUUUGUCAAAAUAUUUAAAAAGCAACGACCAUUACAAAUUCCAUCUCAAACUAACAACAAAAGAACAUUAAGACAGGGCAGUGUAUAAUGAUUAUCUGAGAAUAGUUUAAGAUUGAAAGUAAGUUUUUUAUGCAACUCGGAUGCUUUUUUUGGGGUUUGACGUCGAAUAUUUACAAAUAAGGUUUGUACUUUGUUAAGAGAUUUUUUUUAGUCUGAGAUUGAGAAACUACUUAAAAAGGCUUUUGCAAGAGAUAUUGCAAAUGAAUAGUCAAGAUACUGUCCAGUGUUACUUGCAAAACCAAAAUAGUUCUCCCUUUGACUUAAGGUCCUUGAACGAGAAGUUGCUUUUUUAAAGGAAGGGAAGUGGACUUUCGCCUGGAGGAUUUGGCACAGUACCUAACUUAGUUUUCAAAGCAUAAAAUAAGCAGAAACGUGCAAUUAUUUAUGUAGCCAAGUGCUACCCACUCAUACCACAUGCACCACGUCACUUUCUUCUUUUUGCAAAAACGAAGUUUGCAGAUAUUUUCUUAACAUUUGAUCUCCUCAACAUACAGCAGCGGAUAUUCUCAAACUCGCUGGCGAUGGAAUAUAUGGAUCCAACCCUAAACCACAAAGAUCUCUGCAGCCGGAGUUGGAUUUAUUUCUGAACUUGUGUUUUCAAAACCAAAAACCCAAAACAACUGUGCAACCCAGUUUCUUUGACCACAUACCCAUCUGAGGUUUCCAGGAAUUGGGGACAUGAGUAUUUUCAUCUCACAUCUAUCUCAGUGGGAUCAUUUUGGAUAUGGACAGCAACCAGUGGCGAAAAAUCUUUGUGUUCCUACUUAUGGAAAAUUCUCUCUGAGAAACAUUUCACUCAGCUGCACUUUUUUUAGUUUGACUUUUUUAGAGAAGCCCUGAGCCAUGCAUAAUUUUGCAUGAAUGGUAAUGUGUGGAUAAUUUCCUGUUGAGCUAGGCCAGAUUCUUUCUACUGCAUAGGACACUCAAAAAAAAAAAAACGGAACACCAAGAGUUUUAGUUGGAAUACUGAUACUUGGAGAUUUUGUUGUGCUUUCCUGUGUUAUUUUUAUAAGCUCGGAAAACUCAGCAGUCAUGAACUUGGGCAAACUAUCUGGGCUGAAGGGCCUGGUUUCUCACUCCUCAGGGAGGCGUCGAUUUAAAGGUGAUCUGACUCCAGACAUGAUCAGCCCGCCUCUGGCAGACUUUCGCCACACUAUGCAUGUGGGCCGUGGGGGAGAUGUAUUUGGGGACACCUCCUUCCUCAGCAACCAUGGUGGUGCAGGGAACAGCGGUGAUGGAGACUCCAUCACUGCUUCAGAGAAGAGUGAGGGCUUCUUCUCUCGCACCCUACGGCAUGUCCGAAAGACUCCAGAUCGACCGCAGGGGGGUUCCAGAGACCUUUCUCCUCCACCUCCACCCAUCUCUCCCAUCAUAAAGAAUGCAAUCUCCCUUCCUCGCUUGGAUGUGGACUCACCCAAUGGCUGCCCUGUGAAGGUGCUUUUUCCCAGCACACCCAAGCCACCUGAAGACAGCACUUACUCAUAUGGUGUAGAGUCUGGUUUUGUCACACUGCCCAGGCUGUCGCGCUCAGAGAGGCCUGUGCAGAGUGCAGCUCCUUCAUCCUGCUCUGCUGAGAUACACCGUGGCUCUCUCACAGAUUUGCCAUUCACCCUCACCGUCCCUGACUCACUCAGCCCCUCUGACUCCAUGACCUCCUUUACCGUCGACCUCGGCCCUUCGCUCAUGUCAGAAGUCUUUGCCAUGAUUGAUAGGCCCAGUGUCCAUGUGGAAGCCAAUCACAACUCUGAAGUGGAGCACAAACCUGAGUCCUGGACCAAUGGUGACACUGAAAUGACCCCGGACACCAGGACCUCAUUGGUGGAUUCACUUCUGAGAGAGGAUUCAGAGGGCCGGAGUCGCCUUUACGGAAUAGAGUGGGGGUGUGGGGAUGUGAUGAAUGGGAAAUUCCUGAAACCAAUUAUGGUAGGCGAUCUUGUGCGCUCUUCCACUGCCAAGGAGCAUGGCAUGGAGGCCAAAAGGUUCCAGGAGGCUGCAGAUGUGCUGGCCCGACAUUACGGCAGUGGAACGAACAGGAAAACUGACACGAGCAUCACCCAGAGGAGACAACCUUACGGUUACCCUGAUGAUGAGGAAGAGAUCAAGGUCUAGACUAAAAGACGAACAACCUCAUGCAUUACAUUUCUCUUGUGCCAAAUGUAAAAGAAGUUUAUCAUGAAACUGAAAUUUGAAAAAAAAUAAUAGUAUUAACCAAGAUUCUCUCUAUGAUUGUAAUCUGUUGAAAUAAGAGCAACACAGGACAGGAAGUUGAAAAAAAAUGCAGAUGAAUGAUACUAGGUUCUUAAGAGGUGUGGCUGUGGAAGGCUGUUAUGUGGAUGCUGGAGUAUGUUUUUAGCUUAGACGUGGAUAUGAAGUAUGUACUGAGUGUUUGAUUGUGACAAUCGAUGAACAAAUUGACCUCAUUGCUAUUAGUUUCCUAUGAACAUGAGCAAUAUGAACAUUAAACCAGGAGCAGAGUCCAUACAGCAUGAAUCCAGGCAAAGCAGCUUUCUGCCAUAGAAACGAGGGCAUAGAAAUGUGAAUAACACUUCUCUUUGCCAGUGCAUGAACAGUUACAGCUACAGUAUAAAGGCUAAGCUAUAAGGUCAACAAAAUGAACUGCUUCUGACUGGUACAGUAUAUAUAAUAUUUAUACCAGCACUCCCAUUUGUAUGUUCCAGAGGUUUACUACACAUAAUUCUCCAUAUAGACUCUGUGGCUCUAAUUGCCCAUGUUAUACAUAAGCCUUAUUACAGACAUAUUUUAUGUGGGAAACAGCUGUCAUAUUAUUAUGAAAUGCAUAAAAGUACUCAUAUGCAUUUCAGUUUAAUACACUAGGCUGUGAUAUAUGAAAAUAUUGACAAGCCAAAAAUGCAUUUUAAUAGUACUGCAAUCUUUCAGUUCAUUAUUUAGUUUAUUAAGCAAUAAAUAUUUAUGCAUUCACAAAUAUCCUAGGAAUAAAUAAAAAAAAACACUCUUGGCAAGUUUUCUGAUGAUAAAAACUUUAUACAAUAUUUUGUGUGACACACUAAAGCUGUAGAUUAUAACAGCUAAUAUGACAAUAAUUUGUAUGAAUUCGUUUUUAAAAAAUAUUUUGACAGAGGAGUUGACUUCUCAAUCAUGUGAUCUAUAUUGUAUAUAUACGAAUGUGUUCCUUCACACAGGAAAUCUGCACAUUACUAAUGUACCCUUAUAACAAUACAAAUAAUAUAUCUAAUAAAAAAAACAAGGAGAACAUAAAACAAAAGUUACAUCACUAUUUACAUGUGUGAUUAUAAUUGUUUUGCUGCUGUACUACAGAUAAAAAUCCCAGCUUGCUGAGGAAAUUGUAACUACAUACGUCACUACUGUUAGCACACAAAGCUGAAACCAAAGGAAGUGAGAUUUCUCUUUGUGUUAUAUUUGUACCUACAGGAACCUAUUGGGGAAGGUUUCACAUAAGCUACAGAAAAUGUGACAGUGCAAAUAAUAAGAGGAGCAAAUUUAAAGACAAGAAAGCAUGAUAUGUACACCACAUCAUCAACUUAAUUUUCCAAACCAUAGAUGAUAGUAAAUCAGUGUGAAGGCGAAUGCAAGUUGGGCUCACUGGGCUGAGGAUGAGAGCUGCUUGGGCAGGGACUGGGGUGGAAGUGGAGGGGGCACAUUGGGUCUUUUGCCCACAGCCUUUCUCUGAGGACCUCCUUCAGGUGGAGGAGCAGAAGGAACAGGAGGCGCUGAAGGAGCUGGAGGAGCUUGGGAUUUGGCUGCAGGCUGCGUCUGUGCCUCAGAGAUUGCAGGCAUGGCCAGUGGAAAACUUCUUGGCAGAACUCCGACCUCGCUUAUGGGAACAACUGGGGUUUUGGGUUUGCCAUAGCUUACAACAGAGUCUUUAUUAAAUGACCUGCUCUGAACAAACGACCUUCUUGCUGUAAGACAUAAAGUAACAGAUUGAUAUAGGAUGAGUAUUUUGAAAAAUCUGUGCAUGCCAUUGAGGCUUAAUGCAGAGGGUUUAUUUUAAUGAAAAACACCAUACGUUUAAAAGGAGUGCUGAUCUUCAGUGUGGCCUCGGGAGCAUGGUGAGUCUGCUCUAAGCCGUCCUCUGGAAAGCUGUUUGCCUUCAGCUGGGUUGCAUUCUGAGUCUGAGGUUGAGACUUUGCUUGAAGCAGAGACCGAGGUUGUGGUUGAGGAUAAGGCUUGGGCUGAUCCUCACCAGGAGCCGCAUUUGAACUAGAAGCCUGAGCAGGCAGCUGGCUGGCUGGAGCAGGAUUGCUAUUCUCCCACAUUGUUGCACCACGAUUCAUUGGACCAGUCCUAAUAUUUAUUGCUGCACUGUAGUUUUCGGAUGAAGAUGGACUGGGUGGGAGAGAAAAGGAGAAUAUAUACCAAUUUAAAAUACUUAAGCAUGUAUUGUAUCUCAAACACUAUAGGUAUAAAUAUAUCAAUCUAGAUGAAAGAUUUAUACACGAAUGAAGAGAAACCUGAGCUACCUGAAACAUUAGUUAUUCCUUUGAAGAGUACAUUAUAUUGAACAAGAGCAAGAUUUAAACAUUACCUGUCAGUUUUUGAGGCAGAGGCAGUUGGAGAGGGAGGAGAGACCGUGUCUAAUGGGGACUUCUGAGGUAAAGGUGGAGACAGUGCUGGGAGUUCUGGAAUCUCAAAAUCAACAUCUGGAAAACAGUAUAGUGUGUUAAGCUGACAAGGGACACUGAUGCAGAAAUCUUAUAUGGGUAAAAAUUUUUCCCAACCAUGCGGGUCUGAAGUACCUUCAGGGAACAGGCUCUUGGAGUGUUGUAUGAGUGGUUCUAUCACUGUCACGACCUGGACUGAAGAGGCAGAAGCCAUGUCUAACAGAGAAGUCUCUCUGCAAAAUAGUACAGAAAGUCAACAGAGAUAAGAAAAUUAUUUGUGCAUACAAAAUAAAGAGUUAAUAAAAGACUGAAAUGAUAAGAUGAGGUAUCAAAGUGUGUUUGUGUCUCUUUGUUAUACUAACCCCUCAAUACGAGGCCACAGUAGGUUAGGUCCAAGCACUAUGGCAAUAUUACUAGGAGUCAUCCUGUUAACCGCAUGGUGUUCUGACAAACAUGCUAGAAACUGGAUAAGGUAUCUGAGACAGGAAGAGGUUUUGAAUGUUAGUCUUAAAUAUUGGAUGGCAUUCAACAAAUAAAGUAUUCAUCAGAACGUACCGAAGAUUGUUGUAGUUUUCUGGUGGGAGUUUUUUCAGUACAGCUCGA